GGAAAAAGCCACAUAGCAAAAGAAGAGAGAGACAAAUCUUCUACCCUGUAUAACAAGCUUGGGUUUGCCCGUGAUGAUCUCCAGGCUAAAGUUUCUGCCACUCCAUUAUAAACUCCCUUCGCAUUCCUUUUUUCCCUUUCUUUUCAUAUAUUUUUCUUGUUCUUCAACCUUGCUUCAGAGACUCUCAAAAUGUUAAUGUCAAAGGACAGGCUUGAAGGAAAACAAUUUCUUUAGAAUCUUGAAGUUUGAUUUAUAGAAAAUUGAUGGGUGAAGUUUGGGCUUUGUCUGGAAUUUGAAGGUGGCUGACUCAUUUGCGGAAAGCAAAAGGCUACCAUCAUCGGUUUCUCAGGCCCUGCAACCAAUAGGUAGGUGUCCACAGCUAAGGUGUCUAUUCUCCAGAUUACUAUUCAAGUGUGACGUAGUUUGAGUGGAUCAUCAGACAGAUGGCUUCUAGACAUUUCCGAUCAGCAUAUGAGCGACGUUCCCUCCAGGCUCCAGGUGUGAUACAACAUGGUUCACUUGCCAGCUCAGGUCAUCCUGGUGCCCAUUGGGCUCUGGAGUCACUUCCUCCACCUGAGCUUUUAGAGAGCAAGAUUGCUUCUCAGGCUGCAGAAAUUGAGCGACUUGCUGGGGACAAUCACAACGGCAGCCUUCAUGUUGCCUUGAGGGAGGACCUUGUUACUGCUCGGCAUGAAGCGCAGAAACUCAAGGAACACAUCAGAAGCAUCCAGACUGAGAGUGAUAUCCAGAUCAGGGUUUGCUGGAAAAGAUUGCGAAAAUGGAAGCAGAUAUUCGGUGGUGAGAGUGUGAAAAAGGAGUUGCAAGAGGCAAACAUUGAGGCACAAAAAUUGGUCAAAGCCAGACAAGAGUUCAUGGCUCAAAUUCAACAGGCUUCUCAUGAGUUGCAGAAAACCCAUGAUGAUGUUAAGAGUCUGCCAGAGUUGCACGCUGAACUUGAAGGUCUGAGGAAGGAGCACCAGAGAUUACGUGUUACAUUUCAGUAUGAAAAAGGUUUAAACAUAGAGCAAGUGCAGCAAAUGCAAGCUAUGGAGAAGAAUCUGAUUGAAAUGGCAAGAGAAGUGGAAAAGCUGCGCACAGAAGUCUUGACUGCUGAGCAGAGAGUGCAUGUGCCAAUAGGUCCAGUACCAUAUGCUGGUGGCUACAUGAAUGGUGAUCCUUCAUAUGUACUACCUUUUCAAGGUGGCAGCACCUAUUUUGAUGGAUAUGGUAGGCCUGUAAUGCAGAUGAAUCUUGGCCCAGCAGAGGGUAUGAUCCCAUAUGGAAGUAGUGCCAACGUUCCAGCUGCUAAUGCUGCAACUGUAAGUCAAGCUGUUACUGGUCCGGUCUGGGGAGCACCAUAUGAUCCAUCACCUGCUCAGAGGUAAACAAGGAGAAACUGCAAUGCAAGUUGUCCAUAAUCUAUCUUGCCUUGGCUCAGUGUAGCCGGUUUGUAGGAUACAGGGAGUGAAUUAGGUUAUUGUGAAAGGUAUAGAUCAUUAACAUUUAGCCAUUAAACAGUUGCCAGCAGUUAUAAAGCACAACAA